CGUGGCCAAAUCUAUGCCUUCAAUUUAAUCUAAUGGCUGAAAAUUUAUUAAUCGGAGAUCCUCCAAUUAUUUUCAAUUGGAGAGGAUCUGGAUCCGAGAUUCUCCUGGAAAGCGUUCGCGUCCGCUCGUCACGUUCCCGCUCACUCCCUCUCGCGUUCGCCCUGUUCGUCCCUCUCAUCUAUUCAUAUCUCUCUCCUGUAAUCUAGGAUUCGAACAUUGAUCCUUCAAUUGACUUCACUAAUAACUUUAGUCAAGAGCUGCAACUACAAGUUAACACGGGUUUUGUCAAUUCUUAAGUUAUUUUACUUUAUCUUUGAAUAUUGUGUAGAAUUUUCUGUAUAAAUAUUGGAUGGAUUUAUCUCUGUUUAUCUGUAUAAAUAUUGGAUGGAUUUAUCAAAAGUGUUAGAUUGCAUAAAUAAUACAUACAUCUCGUGUGUAAUGCAGCUGAGCAUAGUGGAUAUGGAAUGUGUGGUUCAGGGAAUUAUAGAGACUCAGCAUGUUGAGGCCUUGGAGAUUCUUCUUCAAGGACUAUGUGGUGUUCAGAGAGAACGAUUGAGGAUCCAUGAAAUAUGCCUCAAGAGUGGUCCACAUCUGGGCACUGUAGCCUCAGAGGUUCGACUCUUGUGUGACCUAGAGCAAGCUGAACCUUCCUGGACUGUUAAACAUGUAGGUGGUGCAAUGAGGGGAGCAGGUGCAGAGCAAAUUUCUGUUCUCGUUAGGUCAAUGGUGGAAAGCAAAACAAGCAAGAAUGCACUUCGCAUGUUUUAUACACUGGGGUACAAGUUAGACCAUGAGCUGCUGAGGGUGGGAUUUUCCUUCAAUUUCCACAGGGGUGCACAAAUCACUGUAACAGUUUCAUCAAUCAAUAAAAUGCUGAAGCUGCAUGCAACUGAUGAGGCCGUGCCAGUAACACCUGGUAUACAAAUGGUUGAAGUAACAGCACCUGCAACUGCUGAAACCUACGCUGAAGUUGCUUCUGCUGUGUCAUCCUUUUGUGAAUACCUUGCACCGCUUCUCCACCUGUCCAAACCAGGCAUUUCAACCGGUGUUGUUCCUACUGCUGCUGCAGCUGCUGCAUCUCUAAUGUCUGAUGGUGGGGGUACAAAUUUGUAGUGGGACUAUACCGUUUUCUUUAUAAACGCUCACUUUAUGUACAUUGAAGUUCCUUGACCCCACUUCUUAAUUAUAAUAGAGACGUGAACAUAGAAUUUUCACUUGAUAAUAACAUGUAAAAAUUUAACAUGGGAACAUGCCUUCCCAUUAUUAAUUGUUUCAUGAUGGAUUAAUUGGUAUAGAAGUGCAAUUUGAUUGUUCCAA